AGCCAUGCAAGGUACCACAGCUGUUGUAGCGUGCAGCUGACGUUGAAGCCAUCUCUACAUAACCCGCGCCCAAACAUCCUCGCACGAUCUCAUCUUCAUCCAACAUGGGCGGAGAAUCUCAUCGCAAUAUGCCGGUGCCGGUCGCGAAAGAUUACCCCCAGCUGGCGGCUGGUCCGGUUGGCAAGCAGAUCCACAGCAUCUAUCAGAGCCGCUUGAGGCAGUUUGUUGAUGGCGGACAAUACAGGGAACAGAGUCUUAUCGGCAAGCUCACCGAAGCUGUUGCGUCGGGCACCGACUGGGUCAAGCUCUCCGUCUACUCGCCCCCGAACCUCUCGCGUCCUCUGUUCAAAGAAGCUACUUCUCAUGCGUUCCAUCCUACCAAGGUCGGCGAGUCAUUCGGUCCCAGCUGGUCGACGCACUGGUUCAAGGUCCAGCUUACAGUUCCAAAGCACAUGCUCGACAAGGAACAUCUUGAGUUCGUAUGGGACGCCAACAACGAGGGGCUGAUCUGGACUGAAGAUGGACACACUGUCCACGGGCUGACCGGUGGUGGUGAGAGAACGCAAUGGAUCCUGCCCAAAGCCUACAGAGACGGCAAGGAGCAUACCUUCUACAUCGAGAUGGCUUGCAACGGCAUGUUCGGGAACGCACCCGGUGGCGAUUCCAUCCAGCCACCUGCACCCGACAAGUACUACACGUUACACACCGCCGAAGUACAGGCAGUCAACUUGGAGGCAAGAGCACUCUACUUUGACUUUUGGGAGAUCUCAGACGCCGCCCGCGAGUUUCCUGGAGACUCAACGCAGGCUCACGAUGCCCAGCAGGUCUGCAACCGCAUCAUUGACGCUUUCAUUGCCGGCAAUGGAAGUCAAGAAAGCAUCAAAGCAGGUCGCAAGAUUGCCGCCGAGUACGUGGGCAAGGAUGUAGACUCGCACAAGGUGUACGAGAGUGGCCAGGAGGCCAUCGUACACGGCAUUGGCUAUUGUCACAUAGACACUUGUUGGCUGUGGCCCUUCGACGAGACCAAGCGUAAGGUCAACCGAUCAUGGUCGAACCAGUGCGACCUCAUCGAACGAUACCCCGAGCUUCGCUUCUGCUGUUCACAGGCGCAACAAUACAAGUGGCUUGAGCAGUACUACCCCUCUACGUUUGAUCGUGUCAAGAAGAAGGUCAAAGAGGGCAGUUUUCAGCCUAUCGGCGGCAGCUGGGUCGAGCACGAUACCAACCUUCCUGGCGGAGAAUCGCUCAUUAGGCAGUUCUUGUACGGUCAACGCUACUUUGAAAGCAAGUUUGGUCAGAGAUGCCGUACAUUCUGGUUACCUGACACAUUUGGAUACUCAACGCAAUUACCCCAAAUCUGCCGCAUAUCUGGUAUGACGAGAUUUCUUACACAGAAGUUGAGUUGGAACAACAUCAACAAUUUCCCACAUACAACAUUCAACUGGGUCGCGCUGGACAACAGUCAGGUCAUCUGUCACAUGCCGCCAUCGGAGACGUAUACCUGCGAAGCAAACUUCGGAGACGUCAAGCGCAGCGUUACACAGCACAAGUCCCUGGACCAGGACAAAUCGUCUUUGAUCGUCUUUGGUAAAGGGGAUGGAGGCGGCGGCCCGACUUGGCAGCAUCUCGAGAAGCUCAGGCGGUGCCGCGGCAUCAGUGACACAGCUGGUCUUUUACCUCGUGUUAAGCUGGGCGACUCGGCGGAUGACUUCUUCGACCGUCUAGAGAAGAAAGUCGAAAAUGGCACCGAGCUUGUGACGUGGUACGGCGAGCUGUACUUUGAGCUCCACCGUGGUACAUACACUACGCAGUCUAACAACAAGCGCAAUAACCGCAAGGCCGAGAUCAUGCUAAGGGAUAUCGAAUAUCUUGCGACUCUGGCUACAAUCAAGAACGGCUUCGGCAAGAAGGGCUCGUACAAAUACCCGAAGAAAGAUAUUGACGACAUGUGGGAAAAUGUGUUGUUGUGUCAGUUUCAUGACUGCCUACCUGGAAGUUCAAUUGAAAUGUGCUACGAUGACUCUGACCGCAUAUAUGCCGAAGUUUUUGCCACUGGCGAGCGUUUGCUUUCCGAUGCCCUUACUGAACUCGGGUUUAACGAUGAAAGUCACUGGGACCAUGAUACGAAACUUUUCGCAAUGAACACUCUACCGUGGAACCGUAGCGAGAUUGUCAAGCUGCCUAGCUUGGCGAGCCGGACGAAGUAUGGGAUGGCUAAUGCUCAGUACGGUCUCGCUCACCGUGACGGGUCUCAAAAGGGGUUGGGCGCUCUGAACGUCUACCCCUUGACCUCAGCAUACCCUGCUUCGAAGGCGUCCAUUGAAGAGAUCCAUACCAAUGUCUUUGAGCUUCGAAACUCCCAAUUCAUCGUGCAAGUCGCCAAUGGCGCCGUCACUUCGCUCUUCGAUAUCGCCGCAGAUCGCGAACUCAUCCCCAAGGGUGCCAAAGCUGGCCAGCUUGUCAUCUAUGACGAUAAGCCACUUUAUUGGCAAGCCUGGGACGUCGAGGUCUACCACUUGCAAUCUCGUCAAGAACUCGAGCCGAGCAAGGUGACUAUCGCAGAGGACAGCGUACACCGAGUCAGUCUUGAGAUCGAGACGAAGAUUUCUGACAAAUCCUGGAUCAAGACAACGCUCAGUCUACCUGCAGCUGUAGGAAACACACCCAGCGCCAUUGAGUUCGAUGCAGAGAUCGAAUGGCACGAGACGAUGAAGUUCUUGAAGGUGGAGUUUCCCGUCGAUAUCGUGAACACAGAAGCCAGUUACGAGACACAAUUCGGAAUUGUACGCCGACCCACACACUACAACACAACAUGGGACAUGGCCAAGUUCGAGGUUUGCUGCCACAAGUGGGCUGAUUUGUCUGAAGCCACAUACGGUGUCUCUAUUUUGAAUGACAGCAAAUACGGUUUCGCCGUAGCCGGAAAUGUCAUGCGCCUCUCACUUCUUCGUGCGCCCAAAGCACCAGACGCCCACGCCGAUAUGGGAAGCCACAAGACUCGCUACGCCAUCUUCCCCCACAAGGGCGGUCUGGACGAACGCACAGUCCGCAAAGCCUUUGAAUUUAACAACCCGCUCAAGAUUGUCGGACGUCAAGAUCCUCUGUCUACUCUGCAUAGCAGUCUGCUGAAUCCUUUUCAUAUCCACGGCGCACCCAACCUUGUGCUAGACACUAUCAAGCGUGGGGAGGAUGAUGAAGAUGUCAGCCGCGGUGGAUUACCGAUCAAGAAGGGUCAUUCCAUCAUUCUGCGUAUUUACGAUAGCUUGGGCGGGAAGAGCAAGGGUGUGCUAACGUGGGGUGAUGUUGACGUCAAGAAAGUAAUCAGAGUCAACGCACUGGAAGACGAGGAGGGCGAACCUUUGGUGAUCAGCGACAUGAGGGUUGGAACAGAAGAGAAUGGUGAGAAGGGUGUACCGGUUGAGAUUCGCGCGUUCGAGGUGGCAACAUACAAGCUCAUUUUGGCGUAAUGAUGAUGCAGGUUAUUUGAGGGAUGAGUAAUGACCAGGAAUGGUAUGCAUAUGGACUUUCCUUCAGCUAUGUGGAGUCAAGGUUUUUGGGGUAUUUUCAGCGUCUCAGUAUACAUAGUUGAGCAUCAAAUAUAACCACUUCGUGUCAUAGUACCGAUAGCC